AGUUUGCAUACAACAACUGAUCGGCUUUUUUGGUACAUAAAGUGGAAUUUCCCUUUAUUUAAUAAACAGUCAGUUAUUGCUCUCUCAUUUGUUUUUUGCUGAAUAACACUGGAAGACAUCUUGAUUGGCCAGGAUAUAUAAAAGGGAGGCGGACCCGAACACAACAAAACCAGAGCGUAAGCUGAGGACGAAACAAACGUCUCAGACUGCAUUGAAAACAAUACAGGCGAGUCCCGUGACAGCAUAGAGAGAAUUUCAAGCUGCGCAACAGCUUUUUGAACCGGUCUAGCUAAACUGAGGAGCGAAAGUAAUACAAGUGACAAUGUCGAUGACUGUAAAGGCCUAUCUCCUUGGUAAGGAAGAUGCCCACAGGGAAAUUCGCAGGUUUACCGUGGAUCAAGGGGUUUCGAGCAGCUUCGAAUACCUGUCCAGAAAAGUGGUGGAGGUGUUCCAGUGUCUGAAGAGUGUGAACUUCAAUAUGUACUACAAAGAUGAGGAUGGAGACAUGAUCGCGUUCUCCUCCGACAAUGAGCUGAUGAUGGGACUGUCCUGUGUGAAGGACGACACCUUCCGCAUCUUUAUUAAAGAUAAGAAAGAGAAUAAGCGUGAGUUUCAACCCGGUGCAGCACAGGGCACGGAUAGGUCCUGCCCUUUUCCACCUAAGCCCUACCCUAACAUGGUGCACCCCAUGGUGACAUGCGAUGGCUGCGAGGGUCAGGUCGUGGGCACGCGCUUCAAGUGCACUGUCUGCCCAGACUAUGACCUGUGUUCCCCCUGCCAGGCGAAGGGGCUUCAUCGGGAGCAUCCUCUCCUCCCCAUCUGGGCUCCCUUUCAGAACAUGUCGGAGUGGCUCCCUAGGGGGAAGUGGAUGCGCAAGAUGAGACAUGGCUUUCCCCACUGCAUGUGGGCCGGAGCCCAGAACAGGCCCCACUGCAGCCAGCCUGGCCCACAGCCUGCUCAAGAGAACGCUACGGGAGAGCCAGCAGGAGCUUCUGAAAACCAGGCCAGUGUGGAUUUUCUGAGAAACAUUGGAGAGGGUGUGGCAGCUUCGCUGAGCCAGCUGGGCAUCGAUGUUGACAUUGACGUGGAGCAUGGUGGGAAGAGGGAAAAAGUGACCCCGACCAAGCCUUCCUUUGAUGGAACCCCUACUGCAGACAAUGGAAAAACAGAAAAGGGUGGGGCGAGCAGCGCUGCAGAGCCCAUGGACAGCGACUUGGCAGCAGACGGGCAUAGCGAUGGAAUACAAACGGACAACAAUGGAGCCUCCAAGGGGCAGAAAGAACCAGGCUGUGAUGAGGAGUGGACCCACCUGUCCCCGAAGGAAGUAGACCCCUCGACCGGGGAGCUGCAGUCUCUCAGAAUGGAAGAGUUAGACGAGGGGCCCAGCUCCCUAAACCCCUCCCUGCAGGGCGCCACCGGGCUGAGAGAGGCUGCUCUUUACCCACACCUGCCACAAAAUGCAGACCCACGCUUGGUCGAGUCUCUUGCUCAGAUGCUGUCGAUGGGAUUCAGUGAUGAAGGUGGCUGGCUGACUCGGCUCCUCCAAACCAAGGACUAUGACAUCGGGUCAGCACUGGACGCCGUCCAUUACUCCAAAACCACUGCUCCGCCCCGCAAAUAGAAAUGAGCCUGUCUGCCCAGAGCUUCAGAGAAAUAGUGUUUCCUGCAUUCCACUGACCUGUAGCCACUUCAGCACACUACACUGGCAAUAAACUACACCAAGUUGCGUCAUUACAUUACUGACUGAUUGAUUGAUUUGUGUUAUACGGUUUUCAUUCGCCACAGGAGGAUGUCCCAGUAAAUCACGAGCUCUGACAGGGACAAGUGGUUUAUGUAAGGACAUCCUCCUAAGGAGAAUAAAAACUCUAUACCACAAACAGUCAGUAUUCUUUUUAUACUACAAGUACGGACUUGAAACCAGAGGGAAAGUUGGUCUAUAAUUUAAAGAAAUACUGAAGGAAUUAUCAAAAUGUCAAUUAAAAAUACAUUUAACAAAAUAGUAAUGUCCUUCUAAACUGUGUAAAGCAAAUGUCCGAAAGUUAAACAUUGUUAGUUUUGUUUGCUGAAGUAUGUUUUGGCUUCUAUUAAAAUAAACUGGGCAAAGGUUAUUACCCAUUAUAACUAUAUACAUGGAAAUUUCAAUAUAAUACUCUGAUCUUUAUGUUUCUGUCCUAUCUGCAAAUAAACACUGCUUGAGAAGCAAAACAUUG